UGGGAGGCCGCCCCGAUGCCCGAGCCAGGCCCCAGGAUGAACGGCUUCUCGCUGGGCGAGCUGUGCUGGCUCUUCUGCUGCCCGCCCUGCCCGAGCCGCAUCGCCGCCAAGCUGGCCUUCCUGCCGCCCGAGCCCACCUACACCGUGCUGGCGCCGGAGCAGCGUGGUCCCGGUGCGCCCGGCGCGCCCGCCUCGGCCCCGGUGGCCGCCGCGGCCCAGCCGGCGCCGCAGCAGUCCGAGGAGGGACCGGGCGCGGGGCCUGGGGCGUGCAGCCUGCACCUCAGUGAGCGCGCCGACUGGCAGUACUCGCAGCGCGAGCUGGACGCCGUCGAGGUCUUCUUCUCGCGCACGGCCCGGGACAACCGGCUUGGCUGCAUGUUCGUGCGCUGCGCGCCCUCCAGCCGCUACACGCUGCUCUUCUCGCACGGCAACGCCGUGGACCUGGGCCAGAUGUGCAGCUUCUACAUCGGCCUCGGCUCGCGCAUCAACUGCAACAUCUUCUCCUACGACUACUCGGGCUACGGCGUCAGCUCGGGCAAGCCCUCGGAGAAGAACCUCUACGCCGACAUCGACGCCGCGUGGCAGGCGCUGCGCACCCGGUACGGCGUAAGCCCUGAGAACAUUAUUCUGUAUGGUCAGAGUAUCGGGACCGUCCCCACAGUAGACUUGGCCUCGCGGUAUGAAUGUGCAGCGGUCAUUCUCCACUCCCCUCUGAUGUCCGGUUUGCGGGUGGCCUUUCCCGACACCAGGAAGACAUACUGCUUUGAUGCUUUCCCCAGCAUUGACAAGAUAUCUAAAGUCACCUCUCCCGUGUUGGUCAUUCAUGGGACAGAGGACGAGGUCAUCGAUUUCUCCCAUGGCCUGGCCAUGUACGAGCGCUGCCCCCGAGCCGUGGAGCCCCUCUGGGUGGAAGGGGCUGGGCAUAAUGACAUAGAGCUUUAUGCACAAUACCUCGAAAGGCUAAAACAGUUCAUAUCGCACGAACUUCCUAAUUCCUGAAGAAGGCGACUUGAUUUUACCUCAUUUACUGUGAACAGAAGAGUCCUCUGUUUUGCACCUGCUUUAUCUGGAUGGCUGUAAUGGCUUGGUAACCAUGAAGAAGUGCUCAGCCUUUAGGGUGUCUAAUCGAAGAGCUGAGGCCAUCUCAGCCUUUUGUACCUAGAGGUUGUUCUACUAAUUCAUACAACAUGUUACACUGAACAGGCACAAUCUCCAGCUUCAUUACCUUGCGGGGUGGGGGUGAGAGCUCAACGUGGAGGCAGCCUUCUAGUGCUGUAUGAAGUGUGCCCACAUCCCUGGUCUCCUCCUUCCCCAUCAUUUACGAUUCAUUCAUGCAGGACUCAAUCCUCUCUCCACCGGUGUUCUCAGUAUUUGACAAGCAGCUCUCUUUCAGCCACUGGAUUCAUGGGUGCGAUCCAUUCGUGAAGCUGUGAUAGUGUAACUGGAAAACCCUUGUAAUGAAAAACCCUUUGUUAAUUUUUGUUAACACACUGAUCCUUCCCCCAAAUGAAUCAGCUGAAGGGUAAUUUACUGGACCUCUCCAUGGACAGCUUCAACAACUGUAACCAGAUAAAUAUAACUGGAAUAUUCUUAAACAAAAUGAAACUGGGUUUUUUUUUAAAACUGUAAAUUUAUUACUAGCCAACAGAGUUUUAAUAUUUUGAUUGGUUGAUCUAACAAAGAGCCUCAUGGACUUUCCUUCUGUAAAGUCCUCCUUGUAGGCUUUUUUAAAAGUACUGUACAUAUUUGCGAUCCCAUUGGGCAUAGAUUCUUUGGUCAGGCUACAACAAUGAACUGCAGAUUCCUUGUUUGUAAUGUAAAUGAUUGAAUACAUUUUGUUAAUAUGUUUUUAUUCCUAUGUUUUGCUAUUAAAAAAAAUUUUAUAACAUUUCCAAGACCAAAAUUCCGAGUUUCUGCUUUGAAAGAAUUUAUGUAAUUAGAAUUUCACUAAACUAAUCUCUUUCGUUGAGGGGUUGUUUGGUUUUUUGACACUGGAACUGCGCCGAAGAAGCAUCAGAAAUGUGAGAUGCUUACCAUUGCUACACUACUUGUAUUGUUUGGGGGUUUGGGUUUGGGGGGGUUCCUUUGGUUCUAUUUUGAAUUCUUUUCCAAUUUAAAAGCCUUAAAUGUACUGUAUGCCUCAGAUUGUUGUACACCUGGAUUGCGGUUGAUUGCCAGUCUGUGUACUGUUGCUUGGAUACAGCACAGUGGUUGGUGAUGGAAUAAAGGAAACAUGGAUCAGAA